AUGGGCCCUCAGAUCAAGAUGUUUGCUGGGCCUUUGUCAGCCUGUAUCCGACCGACUUGUCUGUCGUCGGGAUCAUCAUUAGCAACUUUCUCUUUGGCACGAUGCUUCUCUACCACAUCGCCUACCCUAGAUUGGCUUACUCCCAAAUUCGCCGAAAGAUCUAAGUCCCCCAAGGGUCGCCCCAAGGUCGCCACCGGUGGAUCUACUCGAGGAACAACAGUGGUGUGGGGAGACUACGGCAUCCGCAUGAAAGAUCACGACCGCCGUAUGCCCGCCUCGGCUCUCAAGAUUGCAGAGGAAACUAUCAAGCGACGAUUGAGAGGAAUGAACUACAAGCUUUAUAAGCGUGUGAGUGCCAACAUUGGUGUCUACACUAAGGGUAAUGAGCAGCGUAUGGGUAAGGGUAAGGGUAAAUUCGACUACUGGACUGUUCGUCUGCCCGUCAGCCGUAUUGUUUUCGAAUUGAAGGGCGAUGUGCACGAAAAGGUUGCCCGAGAGGCCUUCAGACUGGCUGGCCACAAGUUGCCUGGUCUCUGGGAGUUUGUCAAGAAGGACGACCCUCCCGUCGUUGGUAUCACUAAGCUCCGCGACGGUGUGACUCUCGAGGAUCUCAAGCGAGCACGCAGGAAUCCUCCGCUCGGCACCAACGACACCGAGAACCCACCUCAAAGUGCUUCCUCCAGCUCUUCCCCUUCCGCCCAAUAA